AUGCAUCCCUCAGAUCAAAGAGCUUCUUCUUCUUCUUCUUCUUCUUCGUCUCAAGCAAGACACUCAUUCGCAUUCAACACAAGCACGCACGAUCAAUUCGAUGCCAACAGAUUAAGUACGUGGUAUGAGGAUUUGGAGGAGUAUGAAGGAAACUUGGAGGAGAUGGCAACCGCUACAUUGGAUCAGACGUUUCAAGAUGAAAUGCAGCAUGUCAAUCAAUGGUUUGGGUUCUUGUCAGAUGCAGAAAAGACGGCUACGUUAUACACUUUAUUACAGCACAGCUCGCAAGUGCAAAUCCGGUUCUUUAUACAUUUGCUGCAGGAAAUGAGGAAGCCAAAGCCAAAUCCAUUGAAUCGAGGCUCCGAAAGAGCCUCUGCACUAGCCAAUUUAAAUCGAAGACAACCCUCCAUCGUCGUUCAGCAGCAGCAACAGCAACAGCAUGUAAAUAGACACUCAUUUGCCAUGGGAGACACACAAAAUUUAGGCAAAUUAUUCGGCACCAUGGGCACAGACUGGUUUAGCAAUGACGAUCCAUCGUCCACACAGUCGCAUCAGCCACAACAACAGCAGCAGCAUCCAUUGCAGCAACCUCAGCCAAGAAGCAUGUCAGGCAAUAGAAGCCAACAACAUCAAUUGCGUCCCAAAUCAGUCAUGGAGCUCGGUGGCAGUGUUCUGGAUCCAACAUUUUCAACCACAUGGCUGAAACAACGACAACCAAGUUUAAGCAGCAAUGUCAUUGAGCGACCACGAUCUGCUGAUAUAUCGUCAUGGGCACUACCUACAGGCAGUAGUGGUGCAGGUGGUAAUACCAGUGCUGCAUCUUGGAAACCGCUGCAAAAUCAGCAUGAUAUCGAUAUCAAUCUUUGGAAAGAUCCCAUCACUAUGGACACUGCCACUGUAAAUACAAGACGACCAUCAUCUGCCAUUGCAUCUGCCGCCUCCUCUGCUACAAACGCAACAUCCAGCUUGAGAAAGGGCGGCAACUUUGCAGCUACCCAUUACCUCAAUACGCCAUCCUCAUCCACAGCAGCCGGUGGCACUGGCGGUGGAAAAUCAGCUACAUCUCGAUCACCCUCUUUUGAAAGCGUGGUGGCAAACGAUUUUGGAUAUGGUAGUGAUCAAAGCGACGCAUCCACCUCCUCCAGACGAUUUCGACAAUCGCAUCAGCAGCAACCCACGCAAAUGUCGACAUACACCACACCCAUCCUUGAGAAUAAAGACGAUCAUGUGGACAUGGAUCUGAUCCAAGAUGUGUCUGCAUGGUUCAGAAGUAUGCGACUGCACAAAUACAACAGCAUUUUUGAGCACAUGCGAUGGCAGGAUAUCAUACAGCUAGACGAUGCGGCAUUACAAGAAAAGGGUGUAGCUGCACUCGGUGCACGAAGAAAGAUGCUCAAAGUCUUUGAAAAUGUGCGUGAGCAUUGUCGACUCAAUGUAAGUGUUGAUCCCUCUUUGUUUUCGCAUUUAUAA